UGCUGCGGGCUUGCGCACUGGGCGUCUCAGCGCCACCGCCCAUCAGCUGAGAAUUGGCCCUAGGGGUUCUGGGCCCGUGGGAGACAGCGGCCGAAGGAGGCGGAGGAGGAAGCUGAGGAGGUCAAGGUGACUGCUUAGAAAACUACACAGCCCACCAACAUCUGUUGAAAUUGGUGAAUAAACCAGCCAUGUCUUACACUCCGGGAAUCGGUGGCGAUCCUGCCCAGCUGGCCCAGCGUAUCUCUUCCAACAUCCAAAAGAUCACACAGUGUUCUGUGGAAAUACAAAGAGCUCUGAACCAACUUGGAACACCUCAAGAUACACCCGAAUUGAGGCAACAGCUGCAACAGAAGCAGCAGUAUACUAACCAACUUGCCAAAGAAACAGAUAAAUACAUUAAAGAGUUUGGAUCUCUGCCCACCACCCCCAGUGAACAGCGCCAAAGGAAAAUACAAAAAGAUCGCCUAGUGGCUGAAUUCACAACAUCACUGACAAACUUCCAGAAGGUCCAGAGGCAAGCUGCUGAGAGAGAGAAAGAGUUUGUUGCUCGAGUAAGAGCCAGUUCCAGAGUAUCUGGUGGUUUUCCUGAAGAGAGCUCAAAAGAAAGGAAUCUUGUAUCCUGGGAAAGCCAAACUCAACCUCAAGUGCAGCUGCAGGAUGAAGAAAUCACAGAAGAUGACCUUCGCCUUAUUCAUGAGAGAGAGUCUUCCAUCAGGCAACUUGAAGCUGAUAUUAUGGAUAUUAAUGAAAUAUUUAAAGAUUUGGGAAUGAUGAUACAUGAACAAGGAGAUGUGAUAGACAGCAUAGAAGCCAAUGUAGAAAGUGCAGAGGUACAAGUUCAGCAAGCCAACCAGCAGCUAUCACGGGCAGCAGAAUAUCAGCGCAAAUCUAGAAAAACCCUGUGCAUCAUCCUCAUUAUCGCUGUCAUUGGAGUUCUGGUUAUCGGUCUCAUCAUAUGGGGAUUGCAUAGCUAAAUUUAUCCAGAAGCACACUAUUGCACUACAUUACCUAAAUUAUGUGGGAAGAUUCCUGUAAUUAUGGUUUUUUUAAUUAUUAUUUUAAAGCUAUUGUGAAAAGGAUGGUUCCCAUACUUUCUUAUUUUCACGAGGGGGUUCCUUUGGAUUAAAUCUGAUAUUUUCUAAUAAUGAAAGUUUUUCUAAAUGUUGUUGCUGAUACAGCUUUCAUGCUUUUCAAUUUAAUACUGUUAAGUUGUUGCCCACAUUGUAUACACCUUUCAUUUAUAACUUAUUUACCCCGUUUGACUUAGUUUUUUAAAUUAGUAAGUUUAAGAUGCGUGUGUUCUGUUUAUCUCUCUGUCACUGUGUAACAUGCACCUGGAUUUAUGUUACUUCAAUUAGAAAAACCUCCAAUUUAAUUUUGAUUUGGUUCAACAGAGAAGGUAUUCUCAAUAACUUAAAAAAUUAGCAUAUCAUUUUGUGGGGCUUAUGAAAUUUUGUCUGUUUUGCAAUAGCACAAAUUUUUAUUCCACUUUCCUUAUUGUGUUCUUUUAAAACCUUUGUUAACUCUGAAUGAAAUGAGUGAAUGAAUAAUUUGCUAAGAUAUUUCAUACUUGUGAUGUGUAUAUAUUAAGCAUUUGCUGUAGAUUGCUUAGUAAAAUUACUAAGGAUAGAUUGCUUUUACAAUCUAUGGUAAUUUAAGUCUGACGUUCACUAGGGAAAGUGUAGUAAAUGUUUAAUGUAAUUUGGAGGAGGAGUAUGAAAACUAAUACCAAUGCCUGUCAUGUUUAGAGUCUAAAGAUCCCAACUUGUUAUUCUACUGAACUAUCUUAACAAUACCUUCUGGUUUUGUGAGCCAUUAUUUACCUUCCCUAUGUUUUAUAGAAUAAUGGUUACAUGAGUACCUGGGAGAAAAUUACUUUUGGUAAGUAAUUUCCCCACAAUUGCUCUUUUUGAGCACCUGACACUUAAAAUUUUGUGUUUACUUUGUGUGCCAUUUUGUAUCAUCCUCAUUAGAAAAGCAAUUAGAUGUUUGCCAGUUGACUCAUCUGCCUUUUUAAAUCAAUGUUGUUUUAAUGCACUAAUCUGAAUACUGUAAAGAGGAUUAUCUUAGUUUAUAGUUUGUAUUUUGUAAUGUUCUUAUAUAACAGUUUGGUAGUGAUGGCAGUGUCAAACAUGGCAAGCUCUAGACUUCAAAUGGGAGCAAAUAAAACAUUAGGAAACUAAGUAAACUAUAUCUUUGCAACCAAAAUAAAAGAGGUUUAAAAGGGGUCUGGAGAGAUCUAUUUCGUGAAGACUCUUGCUUCCCUGGGACCAGUGCUUACCUCACACUGUGGUGCUGUGCCACCUGAAGUCUCCACACUGGAGAUGUGGCCACAUGCACUGGAGGAAUUUGUCAUCUUUCUGGAGCAUUGGUUUACUCAAAGUUGUUUUGGGGGAGAAUCAGUCAUAUUAUGUAUUUUGUCCCUGGGUAAAAGCUGCCUUUUGCAUGACAGCAAAACCCAAUUUUUUUCACAAAACAGACUAUAGAAAACUUUAUUGUGAGUGAGUGGAGCUUAGUGACUUCACAUUGCCAGAGAAUUCACACAGAUACCCCCUGUUCCGAAGUCGGUGCCAGCCCACCAGGCCUGCUCAAACAGGGUCUGUCUUUGCAAUUGCACAGGAGUGCUUGCUGUUUCACAUGGUGAACUUGCAUCUGUGACCAAGUAAAAGUCCCAGUGGCUUUCACAAAUCAGUUAAAUUUUUUUGCCACAGUUUUACUUGAUAAAAUUUUUAUCCUCAUACUGUUCACGUACAUUUACUUCUUUUCAUUUCACAUGAGUUUCCAGUAAUAAAACACUUAAAAAACUGGCAUGAGUAUAGUACCUUUAUUUAUAAGUGUCAUCAUUUAAAAAUACUCCUUUAACUGGGACACUGAUCAAUGAUUUAAAGUAGCGAGUUUAGUGGCUUACAUUCUCUUAAGAGAAAUUACACAAAAUAUUUGAGAGAGAAUUUUACGCAAAAUAUUUGGAACACAGAAAAAGUAGUCCUGAUUAGAAAAAAAUUAAACUGAAAAAAAUGCUACAGUAGCCAAAUUAAAAAAAAAUUUUUUUGGGGGGGAGUUUUCCUUUAGGUUAGUUUUAGAAUCACUGUGAAAGAUGAAGAUUACACUAUGGAAAAUAAAGUUAGAGUCGUUUUCAUGACUGACAGUGUGUCUGGUCUGUUUGAGUCAAACUGAAGAAGGUUCCUUAUCAAAUGACACAUGUUCAUUUUAGUGUGUUCGGAAGACACACUUGAAAACAGAUUGAGAUUAAUCAACCUCAUACGUUGAAUGACAACGUGGCAUUCAGUAUUUGGCUAUUGUUUUGGUCAUUAAAUAUUAUGAAAAUGUUUUGAUUUUGCAAAAUGAUAGGUGGUUAAAGAGUAACUAGUAUCAUUUCAGUAUAAUGCACCUUGUUUUAGUGGGCAUGGGAUCAUCUGUUAAAAGGAACAGAUUUGGGCACAGAUGGAGCUCAGUCUAGCAGACCACCGUGGCUGGAGUGGCUGGAAUCAGGCUGUCUGGGUGUCCUGGCAGCAUCUACUUGGGUGACUGAGAACCACUGAAGAGGUUGCCUCUGAGUUGUAAAGUGUCAUCACUGCUUUUGUUAACAGUGCUGAAAUUUUGUACACAAAAAAAGUUGUGUUUUGAAUAUCAUUUUUUAAGGCAAACAUAUAAUAAAGAAAAAUGACUUUAAAGUCUUCUUGUUCCAUGAAAUAGGUCUGUGGUUUAUCAAGUACAGAGUAGUUUUUGUAGUUAGUGUAAUUUUUAUUUGUAUCUUCAUAUAGAAAAAUGAAUGUCAUAAUAAAAGAUAAAACCUGUAUAAAGAAAAUGAAGUUAUUGUCCACCUCUGUAGCUAAGACUCACGAGGAUAACUUGCUCAGCAAGUUUUGAAAGUUAGAAUUGAAUGUAUUGCUUACAUGUGGCCAGUUUGGUGCAAUAUAAAUAAAGUUUCAGAAUGGGCUAAACCAAGUUGAUUGGGAAAUUUAUGCAUUGAAUUAUGUUUUCUGUUCAUUAGGGAUAAAAAAAAUCAGUCAUUUUUCUUUUCUUAAAAAAAAGUUGUGUAUUUUCAUGAUUGAGUUAAAAAUAAAAAAAUGAACCUGUG